CGGAGCGGAGCGGAGCUGUCCAGCGCUUCAGGAGGGGCCGCGCCGAGCCCAGCCGGGAGGGGCCGGGUGCUGCGUGCCUCCAGGCCACCACACCACCAUGGCUCUCUACAACAACGGGGCCAACGCGCCCUCGCCGCAGGAAGCCUCCAACGGCUUCGCGCAGCCCGGCGCCUCGGGGACGUGGCACAAGGCCGAGGAGGAGGUGAGGCUGGCGGAGCCCAGCCUGGUGAAGAAGGCUCACCGCGAGAUCCUGGACCACGAGCGCAAGCGGCGGGUGGAGCUCAAGUGCAUGGAGCUGCAGGAGAUGAUGGAAGAGCAAGGGUACUUGGAAGAGGAGAUCCGGCAGAAAGUGGGGACCUUUCGGCAAAUGCUGAUGGAGAAGGAAGGCGUGCUCACCAGGGAAGACCAGCACGGGCGCCAAAUAGUGAUAGAGAACCACCACGGGCUGGACGGGGAGGACUACGCGGCGCAGUACCCCGAGUACGGCGAGGGCUGCCUGCUGCAGUGCGACUGCUCGGCCGAGUGCUACCGCGACGACAGCAGCCACCGCGAGUACAGGCUGAAAAGACGGUCCAGCAGCUCCACCUCGCCGCCGCCCAAGAAGAAAAAGAAAAAGAAAUCGGGUCACCGCCGGAGCCGCAAAAAGAGGAAACCUGGCUCGGAACGCAGCUGCGACAGCUCCUCACCGAUCCGCAAGGAGAAGAAAAAGAAGACUGGAAAGAAACACAGACGCGACAGGUCUGAGUCAGGGUCCCGGAAGAAGAGAAGACACAGGUCCCGCAGCCCCAAAAACAAGCGGAAAGAGAAAAACAAAGAGCGCAAGAGGUCCCGCAGCGAGUCGCCGGUCUGGCGGUCGCACCGGCGCAGCAGCUGCAGCUCGCACAGCGCUUCGCUCUCCUCCGACUACAGCAACUCCAAAUCCCCCGGCAGGCUAAGCCCCAAGCACCGCGAGGACGGCCCCAAGGGCAGCAGCGCCCGCUCCAGCCGCAGCCCGUCCUCCUCCUCGCCGCGCCGCUCGGCCUCGCCGCACCAGAACGGGCACAAGGGCAGCGCCCAGAACGGCCGCCACAGCCACGGCGCCGCGCUCGAGGAGCCGCCGGAUAAGAGGCCGGCCUCGCCGUCCCCCUCUCCGCGGCCUCGCGGCAGGACGGAGCCGCCGUCCCCCCGCGCCCGGGGCGGCCGUCACGGCGCCCGCAGCCCCCGCUCGCCCUCGCCGGAGCGAGCCAAGCACGGCCACCGGCACCGCUCCCGCUCCGCCUCGCCGCCACGCCACCGCGGCCAGGCCCCCCGCCAGCCGCCCCCCACGGGGCUCAGCCCCACCGGCUACAGCAGCGACUCGGAGGGCUCGGCCUGCUCCCACCCGCUCGGCCCCGACAGGACCCACGGCGCCCACGCCAAGAAGGUGAAGGAGCGGCACCACCGGGGCCGGCCCAACAGCAGCUCGGAGUCGUCGGCCAAGCACUCUCGGCACGGGGCCUCGGAGCGCAGGAAGAGCCCCUCACACAGCACCGGGCACCGCAGCAGCUCCUGGAGCUCCAGCGGCUCCCUCUCCAAGUCCCGCUCCCGCUCGCGGGAGAAGAGGGCCGGGCGCAGCCGCAGCCGCUCGCCCUCGCAGAAGAAAACUGCCAGCAGAGAGAAGGACAACGAGCCCCGAACACGCCACGGUGACCCCGAUCCCGCCCGGGCCCGGCGCCGCUCCCGAAGCUACUCCCCCAUCAGGAAGAGGAGACGCGAUUCCCCCAGCUUCAUGGAGCCCAGGAGGAUCACCAGCGCUCGCAAGCGUCCCAUCCCCUACUACCGCCCCAGCCCCUCGUCCUCCAGCUCGCUGAGCACCUACUCCUACAGCCGCAGCCGGAGCCGCAGCUACGACAGCUACAGCACCAGCCGCAGCCGCAGCCGGACUCGCAGCCCCCCCAGCCGCUCGCGAAGCCCCAGCCGCAGCCCCAGCUACAACAGCCGCAGCAGCUCGGAGAGCGCCGGCUUCUGAGCCCCGCAGCCCCCCCACCCCGGCCCCGGGAGAAGCCCCCCAGGAGGUGGAAAAACCCCAGGGGGGGGGGCUGCUGAGGAUGGACCCGGCGGCGGGGGGGAAAGUCGGGGGGUGGAUGGAAACCUUGCGGGGCAGUGGGCGACCCCGAGCCCCCCCCGGAGUAUUUUGGGGGUCGGGGGGGGGGGGGGGGGGGGCUGGGGUGUUUUUUCUGCAAACGCCGGGGUGGGGUGGGACGGGGUGGGCAAGCACAGAGCGAGGGAACAAAUUGCUUGGCAGAGACCUUGGACCGAGCCAGCGGGGCGGCGGGGCCCCCGACGCGGUGCGCUCCGGCCGGCGGCGCUUCGUUUGGCUCGGUUGGACUUUUCUAGCACGCGCUAAAUAAGCGUGUUUCUCCUGCCCACGCUCGGGGCUUUUCGCCGACACCGGGCGGGGAAGAGGACACCCCAGGGACGGAGGUGACACGCGCCUCUCCGGGGUGCUGGCAGCCCCGAGCACCCGCAGAGCCGCAGAUGAACAAAGCGAGGAGCAGCCCGGCGUCGUCCUGUCUCCUCCCACGUGGGGCUACGGGGCUGGGGUCCCUCUGCCUUGGUGCUGUGCGCCCCCUGCCCCUGCAGAACAAAUGCUGCCGGGUCCCCUGGGUGUCCCCGUGAGGGGGAGCCGACAGAUUUGGGGUGAAAUUGUGCUUUGGGAUGCUCCCCACAGCGCUUGCGGGGUGCUCUUUGGGGUGCCCCCCACCUUUCCCUUGCUUUGGACACCUCCGGGCUCGUGCGCGGAGCCGUGGUGCAUGAAGAGGCUUCCUCCGAGCGCCGGAGCAGGGGGACCCCUGGCAGGGCACGAGGGGACAGGGCUGUCCCCGAGCCCCCCCGGCUACCUCCUCACCCCGGUUCGUGACCCAGUUCCCGGUCCUAAUGGCUUCCCCGUGCCACUCCCCCAAAGAAACGCGGCCCCGAGUGAAGGCUUUGACUCCUCUUCUGGAAGAUGCUGCCACUGGUGCCCUGGCUGGGGCAGCCGUGGGUUAGCUGUGCCUCGGGGCCCAGCGGGCAGGAUCCGGCCCCUCUGCUCCGCUUCGGCCUCCCCCCGAGCAUCCCUGCGCCCCUCCAGCAGCUUUAUGAAUUUAAUUUUAAAAAGAGAGGCGGGGAGGGGGGGGGGUGACGAGCACGGGCUGGCCGGGUGCUUUGCUGACAGCCCCGGUUCUGUGCCGUUUUGCUGAUUUCCCAAAAAAAAAAAAAGCCCUUCCUGGCUGCGGGGGCUGCUCCCCAGCCCCGCUGCUGCCGGCCCCGGGGCGGUUUGCAUUUAAUCCGCGUUGGCCACGCGUUUUCCGCCUGGCUGGAGGAGGACGAAGGAGCUGAGCCUCCCGGGGUGGGGAGAGCAGCUGCCGGGAUUAACGCGCGGCCCCGCAGGGAGAGCCGGGCUUUGUGCCGCCCUCGGACACCCGCCUGCAGCCAGCCCGGGGGCACUGGGGGGGCACUGGGGGGGGCACUGGGAUGCUGACUGGAGUCCAGCCCAGGUGGUAAUGCGGCGGUAGAGCUGGUGAAUGGGUCUCCGGA